UAACUGCCUCGAAAAGCCUAGGAUUCGACUUUGAAUGGUCCGUUAAUGUGGUCGCAAAACGUGACUCGGUUCAUCGGGCGCCCUCCAAACAACCAGCUAUGCCUUGGGAUCAAAAUCCAGAACAAUCAAAUGGAAAUUACAGUGAAAAUGAACAAAAGGGAGAGCAGAAAUGGAGAGAAGGAGGAGGAGAAGCAGGCGGAAAGAGAGAGCGAGAAAAAGAAGAGGAAAAUGAAAAGGAGCUGGAAGAUGAACUGGAAAAAAGGAAAAGGGAAAAUAAGAAACAAUAUUCCAAGGGUAGAUUAGUCAGCAAAUCCCUCAUGGACACUCUCUGGGCAAAGUUUAAGUUAAACAGGUGCCCCACAAUACAAGAGAGUCUAUCACUCUCGUUUGAAUUUGGCAUGACACAUAAACAGAUAAGUCAAUGGUUUUGUAAAAAGAGGAAGAAAUACAAUAGAGAAAUGUCCAAGAGAAAGCAUAAGGAAAAACAAACUAGACGGGGUCUCUACGAGUUGCCAAGGCUGGUCUCG